UAGCGUACAACCUGCCUACACAGACAGCAGUUUGUUCGACACACCCCUGUCGUUUGGCCAUCAUUUCUAAGUAGUCAGUUCACUAGGGUCUGAUGCGCACAGUUUCGGACUGACGCUGCUGGAGCAGUUCACGCAGUGAGACUGAGAAAUACGCAAUGUCUGUAGUGCGCGUCAGUGGCUAAAGAUGUGAAUCCUGUAAGAGGAGGACAACUAAACUGAGAUAAACACCGCCAUUCGUCUGCCUGUGUUGGAGUGUAUAAUGUCUAGACGAGGACGUACAAGAAGAUCCAAAGCAGGGACGUCCACAGGACAGUGUGAGGGUCCUGGGGUCCAUGUGUUUCUUUUCUGGACCAAAGAGGGAGAGCGUUGCCUGUCUUACAAGGAGGGUGAGAUGACGGCUGAAGAUCUCACCAUCGAUGCAGCAAAGGCUGUGGGGAUCACUCCUGUCUGUCAUGCCUUGUUUGCUCUCUAUGACCCUGCAUCCUCUUGUUGGUACAGUCCAAAUCACAAAUUUAAUGCAGAAAACCAGUCUGGCCUGUUGGUGCAUUUCCGAAUGAGAUUUUACUUCCGUAACUGGCAUGGAUUAAGUGAAAAGGAACCGUUAGUGACUCGUUAUGCAUUACGGACUGGAUCUGGAGCAGAGCAGGUGACAUGUCCUUUGCUGGAGAUUACCUCCUUGGAAUACCUCUUUGCUCAGGCAAAAUAUGAAUUUGUGAAUGACUUGACAUGUUUGGAUGCAUUGAGCGGAGAGGAAGAGAUCAGUCGCUUUAAGAAUGAGUGUCUGGGUAUGGCUGUGCUUCACCUCUCUUACACGGCCCUGCAGACUGGCACUUCUCUACAGGAUGUGGCCAAGCAGACCAGCUUUCUCCGUUGCAUCCCUCUGUCUUUUUCCCGACACAUCGCCCGGAACAACGCCCUGACAAGGUUCCGUAUUCGCCGUGUGUUUGCGAACUUUGUGAGCAAUUUCCAGCAGCACACAGUGGGCAUGGGGAAGCUUGGAUCGCAAGAGGUCAUGUACAAGUAUCUGUCUACGCUUGAGCGCCUGGCUCCUCAUUUUGGCGUCGAGGCAUUCCCUGUGUUUCAUCUUGACCUGAGAACUGAUGGAGAUGGCAGUGGGUCAUGCCUCAUUGCCUCCCGAACACAAACGCCCUCUGAGGAAACCGUAAACUGUGAACCUACUCAUGAGAUCAGGGUGUCAGGAUCAACCGGCAUAUGGUGGCGGAAGUUAUCAGCACCAAAGGUGAAUGACUACAUUCAUAAUAAGAGCAGAGAGACACAGUUACAAGAUGAACAGGAAAUGGACAACUGGAAAACCUUCUGCGACUUUCCUGAGAUAUCUCUGAUUGCCAUUCAGGGCGUAAAUGUCUGCAUCAGUCGCCAAGACAACAUGUCAAUGGACAUGCAUUUGGGCUCCAGUCUCCAGGCUCGCUCUCUGGUUUCACUGCUUGAUGGGUAUUUCCGCCUUACAACCGAUGCACAUCAUUAUCUUUGUCACGAAGUGGCUCCGCCCAGAGUGGUUCUCAGUGAGACCAAUGAUCUGCACGGUCCCAUACUGGAUGAGUUUGUGCUCCAAAAACUAAAGAAAGAACCAGAGGAGGGAGCGUUUAUCGUGCGCUGGAGUGUUUUGGAUUACCAUCGAAUAAUCCUGGCAUCUCUGAGUCAGACAAAGGAAGGGGAAAAUCCAAUAUACAAACAGUUCCGAAUUACCCAGAAGGGCUCCAUGUUCAAAUUGGAAGGCUGGGAUCAGGAGUUCUCCAGCAUAAAGGAGCUCACCAAUAGCUUAAAGACCUUCGUGCUAAAGUCUGGAGAAGACAGUUUCACAUUGAAGAAGUGCUGCCUGCCCAGACUAGGAGAGUUAUCAAACCUUCUCGUAAUGAGAAAGGGUGCAAACAGUAGCAUUAAAACUGUCUCUGAAACCCUCAACCUGAGCCAACUGAGGUUUCAUCAAAUUAAGGACAAGGAGAUUACAAAGGAGCAGCAUCUGGGACGAGGCACCAGGACUAACAUUUACGCAGGCUGGCUGAAGAUACAUGGUUCGCUAGAGGAUGAUGACAACGAAUCCAAUAACAAUCUCUGCAACAAGAAAGGCAUCCGGGUCGUCCUUAAAAUUCUGGACCAGAGCCACAAGGACAUAGCGCUAGCAUUCUUUGAGACGGCUAGUCUCAUGAGUCAGGUGUCACACUGUCAUCUGGUCUUUGUGCAUGGCGUUUCAGUCAAGGGAUCCGAGAACAUCAUGGUGGAGGAGUUUGUGGAGUUUGGCCCAUUAGAUGUGUUCCUGCACAGAGAGAAGGGCCGUGUCACUCCUCAGUGGAAGUUUACUGUUGCUAAACAGCUUGCCAGCGCUCUUUGCUACCUUGAGACAAAGCGCUUGGUCCAUGGAAAUGUCUGUGGAAAGAAUAUUCUCGUGGUCAAGAAGGGUUUGGAGGAGGGCUCAUCCCCUUUUGUGAAGCUCAGUGACCCAGGCAUUUCUCUGUCGGCUCUGUCUCGUGGAGAGCGUGUGGAGAGAAUCCCGUGGAUCGCUCCGGAGUGUAUCGCCGAUGGGGCCCGUAUAGGAAGCGCUGCCGACCAGUGGAGCUUUGGAGCAACUCUGCUGGAAAUCUGCAACAACGGAGAUCUUCCUAUCAGUGGCAGCACACUGCCUGAGAAAGAGCGAUUCUAUGAGACGCAAAGUCGUCUGGCGGUGCCAUCAUCUCAAGAGCUGGCCACCUUUAUCAGCAUGUGUCUGACCUACGACCCUGCCGGACGGCCAUCAUUCCGGACCAUUCUGAGAGAGCUAACAGAGAUUCAGAUUAAAAAUCCAGACAUUUCAUCCGAAUGCGAGUCACUUCCAGACAGAGACCCCAGCAUCUUUUACAAACGUUACCUAAAGAAGAUCAGGGAUCUGGGAGAGGGACAUUUUGGAAAGGUGAUGCUGUACGUCUAUGACCCUGGCAAUGAUGGAACAGGAGAAUAUGUGGCAGUGAAGGCCUUGAAACAAGAGAGUGGAAGUAACCUCCAUGAUUCCUGGAUGAAGGAGAUCGAAAUACUAAAAUCACUGUACCACAACAAUAUCGUCAAAUACAAGGGGUGUUGUACUGAACUGGGUGGACAGGUGGUUCAAUUAAUCAUGGAGUAUCUUCCACUUGGAAGCCUUAGAGAGUACCUGCCUAAACAUCGGUUGGGAAUCGCACAAAGUCUCCUGUUUGCACAGCAGAUCUGUAUGGGAAUGGACUAUCUGCACUCCAAGCGGUAUGUCCACCGGGAUUUGGCUGCACGGAAUGUAUUGGUGGAGAAUGAAGGUGUGGUUAAGAUCGGUGACUUUGGCUUGACAAAGUACAUUCCCGAAGGGGAGAUCUACUAUCGUGUUCGUGAGGACGGAGACAGUCCUGUAUUUUGGUAUGCCAUCGAGUGCCUGAAGGAGAGCAAGUUUUCCUUUGCUUCUGAUGUUUGGUCCUUUGCUGUGACCCUCUAUGAGAUUCUGACCCACUGCAACCAUCGCCAAAGCCCCCCUUCGAAAUUCUUUGAGAUGAUGGGAUUGGUCCAUGGUCAGAUGACCGUGGUUAAACUUAUUAGCCUCCUGGAGAAAAACGAGAGACUGCCGUGCCCUCGAGACUGCCCCCGUGAGAUUUACGUACUGAUGGAGCAAUGCUGGGACUUCAACCCUGGGCAGCGUCCAUCAUUCAGAUCCCUGGCUGAGUCUCUUGAGGACAUCCGGGGGACAUACAGACAGCAGCCGUCUGUGCAGCUCGCUCAGCUCAACCAUCGCUGACCUGACCUGCUCUUUCUCUCUCUGUGCAGUUCUCACAGCCUGUAACCACAGCACAUCACUAUGAGCCUGACCACACUAGGGUGUUCAAGUCAUUGGGCCAUAUUUUUAGAAAAGAGGAUGUUUUUUAAAAAGUUCUGUUUAAGGAAACCCACAUACUAUUACCUCUUUUUCCACCGAAACUUUGCCGGUGUUUGUGCCGGAGUCAGUGCGCGGAUCUGUAAACCUCCUUUAGAACUGCUUGUCAUUAGAGAGGUGAACAGUGACUCUAUAGCAGUAUACAGCUAUUUAUUUCAGAUGGAUAGGGAAAAUAAAGUGCUUAGUGUAUCUGCAAGAGAAAAAUAGCAACAGUGUUUAUCAACUAGUUAUAUAUAUAUAUAUAUAUAUAUAUAUAUAUAUAUAUAUAUAUAUAUAUAUAUAUAUAUAUAUAUAUAUAUAUAUAGACUCCAGCCACCCAUCCCCCCCCACUCCCCAAUUCCCCACAACAAUAUUUGAAUAUUUAAGUCAUCUUGAGGCCCCCUUGGAAGUAUGUUGAUGCCCUCUAGUGGGACUACUGUCCUUAAGUGCCCUUUAAAGGUGCAGUAAGUAAUUUCUGAGAAAAAUUUUAAUUGACAAACAAUUAUUUUGUGAAUAUUUACUAGAAUACUGUUCUGAGUGUGUGCUUGCACAUUGGACCAGUCACCACAGCACAUUUGUAGCCAAUCAGCAGUAGGGGGCGUAUAAACUCAUGAUGGGGGAGGAGAGAGAGUGAGCAAGAGGGACAUUUGGAGAAAGAGAGUUGGCUGAGAUCUUACCAAAAAAGGAAAAGGUCAGAGGAAUAUAAUUGAAUAUAAAAACGGAUGUCAAGGUUGCUUUGUUUCUGCUCCAUGCAUGAGUAACAUUGGUUUUGUUGUUUCACAGAAACAAGAUAUGUUGUUGCAUGCUGCUGUCAAGUCACCUUUAUUUAUAUAGCACUUUAUACCAUAUAGAUUGUUUCAAAGCAGCGUCACAGUGAUAAACAGGAAAAGAAUGAUGCAAACAGAAUUCAGUUCUGCUGUAAACCAGCUCUAAGACAAUAGUAGACAGUCAUUAUUCAUUUGAAAUCAGUUAAGUGUUGAUUCAGUUUUGUUCAAUAACUGUGUAAAGUUAUGAAAUGAGUUCAGUUCGUCUGGAGAAAACAGUGAUUUCAUUGUCCAGCUCAGUUCAGUUCUCAUCCAAUAGUGUCAGUGUAGUCAAGUCAAAAAUAUUGCCGAUUCUUAACCCUUUGAUGUGUACGAUCACAUGAUCACGUGAUCAACUGCCAAAUUCAAAUGUGCUUGCCUGCUUUUGCUGGCGCCAAGCCAAAGACGGACAUACUCAGCGCUUUUCAUAUCACAAAUAUGCAGUGUUUUCAACCACAUAAUGUUUAUUUUAGGUUUCAGACAUAUAAAUA